CAUCUCUAAAACGCUGGCGUUUCACGAAAUGGUUUACAUUUUGAAUUUAAACAAAUUACGACCAAACACGUAACCACUGGUUGUCAGUGGACGCUGGACGAGGCAGCGCGGUAAUCGAACUCGUCACUCCAACCGGCGAACAAGUCAAUCGAGCUUCCAGUGCAGCCGCUGAACGUGUGAAACAUCCACAAUUCGAUUUGCACACACAGAUUCGAUCCGAACCCAAAUCCGAAUCCCCGAGAAUCGGCGAAAUCUGCCAGCUUGGCGGCCGCUGGUGUGUGACGUGUGAUUGGCGACAGCUAGUCAUACAUAUUCAGUAGAUGCCGAGGCAUCCGGCUGGGCCCGUGCCCGAUGCUGGACACGCUUGUUGGACACGGCUGCUCGACACGGGUGCUCGGCUGUAGAAGAAGGGCCGGCCGAGGGCUUCCAAUCCCACCGAAUCCGUAUCCAAAACCGAUCGCCAAUGCCGCUGCAGCGCUAACGACGCACUGCAGCAGACGCCCACCACCAGCAGCACCAGCUCCAUCAGCACCCCCACCCACCAAUUUCCCCCCAAGAAGAUGCGAACGCGCAAGGUGCUGUUGGUAAUUGGCUUUCUGGUUACGUGGACCUAUGCCACCUACUACCUGCUGUUGCGCCAAACGGGCAUCCACACGAGCCGUCAUCAGUCGCUUCAGGCCUACAAGCUCAACUCGCAGGCCCGCGAUGCCAAUCUGCAGAGCCAUCAUCUGGCCAAGAACGUGUUUGAGUUCGUCAAGCUCAAGUACUUGGAUAAGCAACCACCGUCGGUGGCCUCCACGCCGCAGAUUAGCAUAGUUGCCGCCGAAAUAUCGGCGGAGCUGCCGGAGCAGCAUGUGGCUAAGGCGGCAACGGCGCGCAUUCCAACGAAAACAUAUCUGGCCAAUGGCGAGCCCGUGUUUCCAGUCGUGGUCUUCGCCUGCAAUCGGGUGUCGGUGAAGAAGUGCAUCGACAACUUGGUCCAGUACAGGCCCAGCGUAGAGCAGUUCCCCAUUAUUGUGUCACAGGACUGCGGCGAUGAGCCCACCAAGGAGGCAAUCCUCUCGUACGGCAAGCAGGUCACGCUCAUCGAGCAGCCUGAUCUCAGCGACAUCACCGUGCUGCCGAAGGAGAAGAAAUUCAAGGGCUACUACAAGAUAGCCCGACAUUACGGCUGGGCCUUGAACACCACCUUUGCUGUGGGCUUCGAGUUCGUCAUAAUCGUCGAGGACGAUCUGAACGUGGCGCCCGACUUCUUCGAGUACUUCCUGGGCACGCACAAGCUGCUCAAGCAGGACCCCAGCCUGUGGUGCGUGUCCGCGUGGAAUGACAAUGGCAAGGCUGCUGUCGUGGACGCCGCGCAGCCGGAGCUGCUCUACCGCACCGAUUUCUUUCCCGGUCUCGGCUGGAUGCUCACCAAAGAUCUGUGGGCCGAGUUGUCGGUCAAAUGGCCCAAAUCCUUCUGGGAUGAUUGGAUACGCCAUCCCGCCCAGCGCAAAGAUCGCGUGUGCAUCAGGCCCGAAAUAUCGCGUACUCGCACGUUUGGAAAAAUAGGCGUAUCCAACGGUUUGUUCUUCGAUAAGUAUCUGAAGCACAUUAAACUGAGCGAGGACUUUGUGCAGUUUACAAAAAUCAAUAUGAGCUACCUGCUGAAGGACAAUUACGAUAACACGUUUCUGCGGCGCGUUUAUACGUAUCCCAUUGUUACAUACGAUGAGCUGCGGCGAAACCUGAUCAGAAUUGAAGGUCCAGUUCGUAUUCAAUACACCACUAGGGAGCAGUACAAGCGGACAACUAAGAUGCUGGGUCUUAUGGAUGACUUCAAGAGCGGUGUUCCCCGGACUGCCUAUCAUGGCAUCGUCUCCUUCUACUACAACAAACGGCGCGUGCACCUGGCACCCAACGCCAACUGGAAGGGCUACGAGCUCUCUUGGAGCUAACGACGCUAAGGACAGAGUACCGCCAGCUCCACCUCCAUUACCACGCAGCUAGCUCCGCGUGCUUGCAAUACCAAAAAUAGCCCUAUGAAAUUUAAUUUUUAUUUGACCAAUUAGCUAAGUUGUAACUAUGGAAUCUCCUCGAACAGUAGAUGCUGUUCGCAGCCACCGCGUAGGCAGGAGUACUUGGAGCUAGCCCUGAUUUCUGAUAGAAAACGGAAUUCGUCUGCUCCAGCUUCCUAGCCUACGGACCUACUGUUGGCGUAACAAAAUCAAAUCAAAUGAGUCUCCACUAUGUAUAGUAGUCAACCGAACCGAACUGUGUGUGGCCAGAGCCAAAAGUGUUCCAUUCUAGCACACAAGCCACACCAGCAACGCAAUGAAUUGUAAAUAAGUCAGUGUCGUUCGCUUUUGUUACAGCUCUCUCUCUCUAUCUCUCUCAAUUUAUCGUGUUAAAUUGCAAAUAGUUAUAGCAAUGGUUAAGUUAUAGUAUGCAGCGUGUAAUUUCUAGCAUUUAAGUUGAUCCAACUAGAGUUCUAACGGCAACGGACGUGUAAUAUUUGUGAUUUUUGAUUGUUUAAUUUACAUUUAUUAAUUGUUGAGAGCCAGUCAGUAAACAAUACCCGACCCACAAUGUAACAUAGAAUAGCAAUAACUAGCGCUAGUACUAGUACUAGAACCACAACGUAAACUAGACCAGUGCUGAGCCACCAGGGGUACGCCAGUAAUCCCGGCCAGAUCUGAAAGUGUGCCACUCUCAGCUAGUUGUAAUGGAAUCUACCCAGACAGGACACCUACUCUACUACCCCCUAUGACUACCCUUUGUAUGAGCAUAUUUUUGUGUGUAUGAGAGACGUACGGAACAUAAAUUCUAAAGACAA